UUCUAGGGCCCGAAGGCGGGGGCGCAGGGGAGCUCGAGCGCGUCCAGCGGUGCACCAUGGGCCGCCGGUGCGCCCUGGCCCUCGCCGUGGUGUCGGCCCUGCUGUGCCAGGUCUGGACCUCCGGGGUGUUCGAGCUGAAGCUUCAGGAGUUCGUCAACAAGAAGGGGCUGCUGGGAAACCGCAACUGCUGCCGCGGGGGCGCGGGGCCGCCGCCGUGCGCCUGCAGGACCUUCUUCCGCGUGUGCCUCAAGCACUAUCAGGCCAGCGUGUCUCCUGAGCCACCCUGUACCUACGGCAGCGCCGUCACGCCGGUGCUGGGCGUGGACUCCUUCAGCCUGCCCGACGGCGCGGGCGCCGACCCCGCCUUUAGCAACCCCAUCCGCUUCCCCUUCGGCUUUACCUGGCCGGGCACCUUUUCGCUGAUCAUUGAAGCCCUUCACACAGAUUCUCCUGAUGACCUCACAACAGAAAACCCAGAAAGACUCAUCAGCCGCCUGGCCACGCAGAGGCACCUGACUGUGGGCGAGGAGUGGUCUCAGGACCUGCACAGCAGCGGCCGAACAGACCUCAAGUAUUCCUACCGCUUUGUGUGUGACGAGCACUACUACGGGGACGGCUGCUCCGUCUUCUGUCGCCCCCGAGACGACGCCUUCGGCCACUUCACCUGCGGGGAGAGGGGGGAAAAAGUCUGCGAUCCAGGCUGGAAAGGCCAGUACUGCACUGAACCAAUCUGCUUGCCAGGAUGCGAUGAGCUGCAUGGGUUUUGUGACAAGCCAGGGGAGUGCAAGUGCAGAGUGGGCUGGCAGAGCCGGUACUGUGACCAGUGCAUCCGGUACCCAGGCUGCCUCCACGGCACCUGCCAGCAGCCCUGGCAAUGCAACUGCCAGGAGGGCUGGGGUGGCCUCUUCUGCAACCAGGACCUGAACUACUGCACACACCACAAGCCCUGCAGGAACGGGGCCACCUGCACUAACACGGGCCAGGGAAGUUACACCUGCUCUUGCCGGCCGGGGUACUCAGGGGCCAACUGUGAGACGGAGAUCGACGAGUGUGGCGCCAGCCCCUGCAGGAAUGGAGGCAGCUGCACGGAUCUUGAGAAUGGCUACUCCUGCACGUGCCCACCCGGCUUCUACGGCAGAAUCUGUGAGCUGAGUGCCAUGGCGUGUGCCGACGGCCCCUGCUUCAACGGGGGACGGUGCUCAGACAACCCCGAAGGAGGGUACACCUGCCGCUGCCCCGUGGGCUUCUCCGGCUUUAACUGUGAGAAGAAGGUGGAUUCCUGCAGCUCUUCACCCUGUUCUCAUGGUGCACAGUGUGUGGACCUUGGUGAUGCUUACCUGUGCCGCUGCCAGGCUGGCUUCUCCGGGAGGCGCUGCGAAGACAACGUGGAUGAUUGUGCCUCCUCCCCGUGUGCCAACGGGGGCACCUGCCGGGACGGCGUGAACGAGUACUCCUGCACCUGUCCCCCAGGUUACACGGGCAGGAACUGCAGUGCCCCUGUCAGCAGGUGUGAGCACGCGCCCUGCCACAACGGGGCCACCUGCCACGAGAGGGACCGGCGUUACCUGUGUGAGUGCGCCCGGGGCUACGGGGGCCCCAACUGCCAGUUCUUGCUGCCUGAGCCGCCCCCGGGCCCCGCGGUGGUGGUGGACCUCACCGAGAAGUACGUGGAGGGCCAGGCCGGGCCCUUCCCCUGGGUGGCCGUCUGCGCCGGCGUGGUGCUUGUCCUCAUGCUGCUGCUGGGCUGUGCCGCCGCCGUGGUCUGUGUGCGGCUCAGGCUGCAGAAGGACCGGCCCCCUGCCGAGCCCUGCCGUGGGGAGGCGGAGACGAUGAACAACCUGGCCAACUGCCAGCGCGAGAAGGACAUCUGUGUCAGCGUCAUCGGGGCCACGCAGAUCAAGAACACCAACAAGAAGGUUGACUUCCACGGGGACCACGGGGCUGAUAAGAACGGUCUCAAGGCCCGCUACCCUGCUGUGGAUUAUAACCUAGUGCAGGACCUCAAGGGCGACGCCGCGGCCGCCGUCAGGGACCCCCAUGGCAAGCGUGACGCCAAGGGCCAGCCCCAGGGCUCUGCAGGGGAGGAGAAGAGCACCCCGACACUCAGGGGUGGAGAAGCACCUGAAAGAAAGAGACCAGACUCCGUGUAUUCUACUUCAAAAGACACAAAGUACCAGUCAGUGUACGUCAUAUCGGAGGAGAAAGACGAGUGCGUCAUAGCGACCGAGGUGUGAAAUGGAGGUGAUACGGCAAAGUUCCCGUUUCUCUUAAAAUAAAUAAAAUUCCAAGGAUAUAUGCCCCAGUGGAUGCUGCUUGAAAGAGGAAAGGGAGACCCACGGACUGCUGCUGAGGAACCGAUCCGGACCCAGCCGGCUCUCCCUUCCGAGGCCAGCUGGGGACGCGGCGUGGCUGCAGCUCGGCGGCGGCCAAGGGGCCUGUUGCACUGCCUUCUAGGACGUUCCCAUUGCACUAUGGACAGUUGGCUUUUAAAAAAUAUAUAUUUAAAUGAAUGGACUUAAUUACUACGUGAGAAGCAUGCACUGCCUGAAGUGUAUAUUUUGGGUUCUCAUGAGCCGGUCUUUUCUUGAAUUAGAAUCACAAACACUGCCUUUAUCGUCCUUUUUGAUACUAAAAUGUGUUUUUUCUAGGUGGAAAAAAAAUGUGUGUUAUUUUUUUGGACUUGUAAAAAUAUUUUUCAUGAUAUCUGUAAAGCUUGAGUAUUUUGUGAUGUUCAUUUUUUAUAAUUUAAAUCUUUGGUAAAUAUGUACAAAGGCACUUCGGGUCUAUGUGACUAUAUUUUUUUGUAUAUAAAUGUAUUUAUGGAAUAUUGUGCAAAUGUUAUUUGAGUUUUUUACUGUUUUGUUAAUGAAGAAAAUCCUUUUUAAAAUAUUUUUCCAAAAUAAAUAUUAUGAACGACGA